AUGGCUCUUUCGUACCUCACGAUAAUUGCUUCAAAUUUUGUGAUGAGUUUACUUGGUGCCGUACUUUGUCAGAGUCUCAUGAAGGAGUUCAGGCAAAUUUUCCUUCAGAGGAAGAUGUGCGGUGUUGACCUUUGUAAAACGUCGAAAGAACUGAUCCCUGAACCGAUGGGUGUCAUAACUGCUGCUGUUUUCCUGAUGAUACUGUUUUUGUUCAUUCCUGUUCCAUUCUACGGCUGGAUCAAUGACGAGAAACCAAGUUUUCCGUAUCAGAAUUUCGUCGAAUUUCUGUCUGCUCUGCUGUCCAUAUGCUGUAUGAUUUUUCUUGGCUUUGCCGACGACGUGUUGGAUCUUCGUUGGCGACACAAACUGCUCUUUCCUUCCAUUGCUUCGCUGCCUCUGCUGAUGGUGUACGCUGCGAACUGCAAUUCGACCUCUUUCAUUAUUCCUAUUCCCCUUAGGCAUUUCUUGCCGAAAGAGCUGUUUUGUCUUUUAGGCAUCUUUUAUUAUAUCUACAUUGGAAUGCUGGCCGUAUUUUGUACCAACUCUAUUAAUAUACUGGCCGGUAUCAAUGGUCUGGAAGCUGGACAAUCGCUUAUAAUUGCCAUCUCGAUAGCGGUCUUCAAUGUGAUUCAGUUGUAUCGUAAGUUUUUACCCAAAUCAAAAAUUUAUUGUUACGGGGUUCUCAAAUUUUGA